CCGUGUGACAGGGGGAGACGCUUAUCCAACGGUCCCCAAGCAAAAUCAUCGUGUGUACUUGGUACUAGUUUAGUAAAUUUGCAGCACAGUUAUUUCCACUGUUGAUGGCGGAAGUAAACAUCAAAUUGGCCAUGUAAUAGGCCCAUUUUUAUUAAUAGUGUUAUUUAUUUGUAGGUUAGGACCAGGUAAAAAAUUAUGAGGCCUAAUUUUAAUAAUCCUUGCCUCUACAUAUGAAUAUGAAUACACAACAAACAGUUCAGUAGUUUUAUUUCAUACAGUUGUUUGUGCCAAGCUAUAAGAAGAGUAAGAUCAUAGUCGUCAUAGACAUUAUAUCAUUAUAAAAACGAAAAUUGAAGAGUUGUGACAGAGUAAACUCUGCUACUGUUAAGACUAUAACAUAAAUAUCACAUUGCUUAACCAGGCUUAUGCGACAUAAUGUGGAUGACCAAUUCAGUGAAGAACGGACCAACGCAAUUGUGGCUAUUUGUAAUUGUUAUCUUAUGCGCCCUUGACGGUUGUAAGUACUUGUACAACUAAGAGUCUAAUUGUAUACUAUUAAUUAUCUAAACAAACUAGUAGCUAAGUAUUAGUAGUUAGUAGACUUGUGCCAUCAAUUUUGAAAUAUUGUCAGUAAUUGUGUGACUUACUAUAAGUUAAAAGGAAUCAGCCUUCAAUCCUUUUAUUAAUAUUAAUUAUAAUAAUAAUAGUUAUAUGUCUACUAGAUGCAUAGUGAUAAUGCAUAUCAUAGGUAACUAUCACUUAAGUCUUACUCAUAAGCCUCAAUCAUAGUCAUAGGCCAUUUAAUUUUUAUUUUGACUUAUGCACACUAUAAUUAUAUUCCUAAUAAUAAAAUAUCAUAUUGACACAUUGACUAUUGAGACCUAUGGAUUUAAAUUUUAAUAGUUUGACGCCAUAAACUCACAUCUCCUUUUUUUUUUCUCCAUUUAUUAUUAAAAUUCUUUCAGUUAUGUUUAUAUUUAUUAUAACUUUCCAACUUUUAUUUUCAUUAGCUUUUUUAAAAAUUUAUUAGUAAUGAAUUUUAAUAAUAAAGUAUAUUUCCACUUCUAGCUAAUUUUUUUUCUUGACUUUAUUUUGCAGGUGGUGGUAUCUACUGUUUUGUGUGUAAUUCUAUAAAUAAUGACGCCUGUGGAGAUGAUUUUCGCAUUUCUACGAGUGACAGUAAACUGAGAAUGCAAUGUGAUGGUGGAAGCUGUAUAAAGCGCAGGGCAACAAGAGUUGGUAAGUAAUCAAAAAUUCACUCUGACAAGAUUACCUUAUGCAAUCUGUUGGAAAAAGGUUGGUUUUGGGAGAGAGAAAAAUUUCUUGAAAUGUCUAGAUUUACCAAGAAAUAUCAGAAUACAGGAUUUUUACAUAUAACUAUUUGUGACCCCACCAUAUCUAAACCUAUUUUUUAAAACUUUUGGCUGUUUUAGUUAUUCUUUAAUGAUACAAAUCAUAAGAGUGUUGGACUACGAUAAAGCUUUAAAGUAAAUUUUUUGUCUGGGUUUGUGCCCACUCUUAUUCUUUUCAAUUUUUGAGGUAGGAUAUAAUAUAUUAUGUAAUUUUAGUUUCUACUUAUUCAAAUGUUGUAUUUAUUUACAGAUGAAGGCAUUUGCCGAAACGUUGACAUUUGUAUUUUGUAAAAUCAUCCUUAAAGCUGAACAUAUAUUUUUUUAUUUACACAAAUUGUUUCUAAUUAGUUUAAUGGUACUGUCACUGACAAAAUCUAUGGAUUUAUAUACAUUCAUUAAAAAAAAAUCACAAACACAAACCGCUCCUUCUUCCUGUGGUGGAAUUCUUUCAUAAAAAAUAUGACCAAUUAACUCUACAUUUUCUAUAGGCUUAUUCUGUACUUAUAAAAAAGUGAAAAUAAAACAAUUUAAAAAGAAACCUUUUACAAGUUAAUCUCAAAAUAUAAACAAUAAACCCUUAAAUAGAAUUUUUGCAUGAUUUAACAUUUAAAAACAGCUUAACCCCAAACCCUGUUAAUUAGGAUUUUUAUAUCUUAAUUUUUAAAAAUAGUUUAUUACCAAUGGUCUUACUACUUUGUUUCAACCAUCAAGGGUUUUACAAAGGAAAAAAGAAAGAAAAAAAAAGAAUAUCUUCUCUUUUUUUAAAUAAUAAAUUACUUUCACAUUUUGAAUGCAUUUAAUAUAUUUUCAGAAGGCUCUGUGAGAAGAGUGGAAAUUAUCCGCAGUUGUUAUAACCGCUUGUCGGAGUCAUGCUUUGAUGAGUACUUCAAUAACGUGAAGCAGUAUACGUGUGCCUGCAAUUAUGACUUUUGCAAUGCUUCUGUUAAACCUAACCCACAGUCUCUCACAGUCAUCCUUUUUGCUCUUCUGAUUGCAAUUUUAUUCCCAAAAACUCAUCAUUUGCCUUCACUUUAGCAUGUCACUGAGGAGGGAGAUGAUUACAGGACUAGUUAGUUUCAUUGCCUGAAAUUGGUGAGGAUAUCUAAAAAAAAUCAAUGUGUGUAUUUUAAAAAUAAUUUGUCUGUAUUCGCGCAAAAAAGCCAUACACCUACAAAGAUGGUUAUUGACAUUUGUCUUCUAUUUUGUUGUGUCACCAAAUGGCAACAGGAACACAUUUAAAAAAUUCAAACCGAAUCUUCUGCUCGCACUAUUGACUUUUCUUUCCCAGGAAUUUUAUAAUACAACUUUAUAAACUUGCAAUUCUUACACAGUAAUUUUUGUGUCAUGACCAUUAUGAGGAGAAGAAGAUUAUUUCCCCCCUCAUUAUUGAUGCUCAAUUUUGAAACAUAAGCAUGUUUGCCUGUUGGUUGGCAGCGCCUAAAAUAUUUCCUAUUUUUUACUUUUACACACAUUUUAUUCAUUUUCUGAACAAUUUUGUUUUGAGUAUAUUUUGUUGAUAUUAGAUUGAUGUACUUUUUUUAAGGACUAUUGAUUUGAUCAGAUGGUAUGCACGUAAUUGCAUAGGCCUGGAUUACAUAAGUAAUGGCUAGGGCCAAUGUUGUUAAGAAAAACACUUUGUCAAUAGAAUUUCGGAAUUUAGCUGCAUUAAGAAAAAAAUAUUUAACUUAAACCGCUAAUUGUUAUUACAUAUCAGUAAAAUAUUUUUUCAAUUUAUCUAAAAAAUUGUUGAAUUGAAAAAAGGUUAAAGCCUGCACUGAUUUAUUUUUUUCUAGCAAAGCUGUGUAUAUAAAAUUUCAAAUAUCUAAUUGUUGAUGUAACUAUGAGAUGUUUCAUAUGACAUUCAUCUGUAUAUAGUGUGUGAUUAAUUGUCAAUGAUUGCAUUUUCAUAUUCAUAAAUGUGCUAUUGGAUAAAAUUUAAAUUAAAUUUCAAUUUAUUUUUACAUUAUUAACUAAAAACAUGGUUGACGGCAAAUAUUUAACACAUUAAUACAAAGACUAUGCAUAUUAAGAUUACUUCUUUACACUCCAGCUGAACUAUGUUGUUUAGCAUUAAUUCAGCCUGCAUGUGUAAGACAACACACGAGAAACUGAACACCACUGUUGACAUUCAGCUCCAUUUGUGGGAGGUGCAUGUAGUGUCAGGUUUCUUAUAUGUAGACUCUUCUUUAUCAGGCAGGACUCACAUCAAAUGAUUACUUGCAGUAUGUUCUCUUGUAAAUGAAUCAAGUUGCUGAGUUGCAAUAAACAAUAUGACCAAGCAGAUUGUCAUGCGUUAUAUUAUUUUACAUUAACAUUGUUAUACUAAAUAAAAUAAACUGAUUAAUUAAAUGCGACCACUUGCUUAGGCAAUAUUGCAGCA